UCUUGCUGUUCUUCUCCUCGUCCACGCGAUGGCCUCCCUCUUCGGCAAGAAACAGCGCCACAGGUCAUCCAACUCCUCCUCUGCCACCUCCCCCACCAACCUCGUCGCUGUCCCCUACAGCCAGCUCACCUCGGGACCCCCGCCCAUCGCAGGCCCGUCCACAUCCAGGUCGGACAAUUCCAAGCUCGUCAGCGCCCCCAACACCAACCCCACCCUCACCGACGAUGGCACACCACUGAAUGCAAACUCGAGGACGUAUGGGGCCAUGGCACGCCCGGCGCCGCCCCCUGAUACCCCAAAGAGGCGGCGGACAGGGGAUGACAUGGCGGGCGCUGGUGCCGGGGGCGGCGGCGGGGAUAGACCAAGGAUGUCCAACGUGACAGACCCAGGGAGACAUGAGAGCAGCUAUAGCUCGAGGUCUGGGGACGGGCAUCAGGAAAUGCUGCAGCGCUCAGUGAGCCCCUACUACGACUCUGUCUCUAGCGCAGGUGCCGCCUCGGCUAUCCAGCGUAGUCACACCCCGACACAAGAGUUUGGGGGCAGGUCGUAUGUCCACCCCUACGCCGCAAUGGGACAGAGAAACCCAGAGACUGCCAGCGUACAUACAGUGUCGUCUAUGGCAAGUCAAAGGUCGCGCAUUCAUGUCGAAGACACAGAUCCGGGACGGUAUCCACUGGGCUAUCCUCUAGGCCCUUCGCGGCAACAGUACACGACACAAAGAGAAUCAGAUGGGCGUACCACUCCCACACAAUCUCCUCAGCCCCAUAUGACAACAUUCACCAUUCCUGCGCCUUUACAAGGUAGAGACGAGUGGCAGCGUCCAUCCGACCAGGUCAUUGAAGAGUGGUAUCGCCAUCUUCUCCAAAAUACCGAUUUAGACCCUUCAUCAAACCAUACCGCUUCACCAAACCCCUCUCUGAGAUCUUCAGCGUCGUCCUCAACGUCGAGAGCAGCCAUGUCUGCGGCACAAGUGCCUGUAGAGUCAAAGUGGAUGCUUGUCCAGCAAUAUUGGAGAUCACGGCCUAAUGCUCCCGGGGGUCGUAAGCAAGAGACGCCUAGGGUUGCUGGCAAACGGGCUACCAAAGGAGACAAGGGAGAUAAGGGCUCGGUAGAAUACUUUUUGAGCCAGCUGUUCAACAGAGACGCUUUGACUCCUGCCUUGCUGUCUUCGUUGGAAAUCAGCUUGAGAACAGAGACUUUAGAUUGGAUCCAAAACUUUAUGGACCACCAGGGCCAGGCAGCUCUAGGCAAUGUCCUGACCAAAUUGACCUAUACCAACGGUGUCUGUGAACAACCCUCGGCCAAGGACGAAGGUCUAAUGCACUGUCUCAAUCGGUCUAUAUGUAAACACCGAAUUGGCUGCAACGACGCAGUGACCAAACCACGCACCAUUGAACGGAUCAUCCUCUAUCUCACAUGUUCCAACAUGAACUGUCGAAUGUGGGCUGCCCAGAUAUUGACGGUCCUCUGUCAGAUCAGCGAAUCCAACGGAGACAAACCUGGUCUUGCUGUCGUCUACACGGCGUUUGACGAAUUGAAAGAAAGGGUCAACCAGGGUGUGCUGGACAUUCGAAAAAAAGUCGAGCGGUUCAGCUUGUGGAUGUCACAAUUGGCAGAAGUUCUCGAAAAGCAAGGGCCGAUGGGAAGCAAAGUUCGCGCACACCCCCUCGUCAAAGGCUUGGACGUGCUCGAGUAUUGCCGUACCAUGGUUCUUCUCCUUGUCUCUUUACCCUCUUCCAACGACGCCAAGACCAGAGAAUCUAUCCGCUGGCAACUCGAGCUUUCUGGCGCUCCCCUCGUCGUCGCUCGCUUACGGCAACUACGAGAUCCGGAAAUCAAUAUGCAGCUCGACAUUUACGAAGAGAAUGCCCGAAACGACAUGGCGAAUCUCGUAGAUAGCAAGAAGGAGUCUGAUCUCAAAAAGCUGCGAAGCCCGGAGCAAAUCAUCGGGAUGCUUCUCGAAAAGACCAAGGGCAAGACAGAGGGUCUUUACCUGCUAGACAUCUUGCGGCACUUUGUCCUCAUCGAUGCGGAGGGUGACGAGAGACCGAGAUAUUUCCAGCUCUUGAGCGAGCUGACCUCGACCAUCGUCAUGGGAGCUUCGCCAGAUCUGCAUGGCGAGUUUGAAAGUGCUUUUCAUCGCUCAAUCAACUAUGUCCUUGGUAAACUUGCCGAAAAUAAGGCAUAUGACGAAGCCAUGGCCGAAGUCAAGGAGCUCAGAGCUACCAAUGAGAGACUCACCUACGAGCGCGAGGACCUCCAGGACGAAAUUUCUGCGGGGAACGACGGUCUCGUCGGUCGCCUCAAGGCGCAGAUCACCGAGCUGGAGAAGAAGCUCUACAACUCGCGUGUGGCUAUGGAAGCCGCUCUUGAUGAGAAGGAGGGUAUGCGCAAAGACUAUGAAAAGCGUUUACAUGAGCUCCGUCUCUGGCUCCAGAGACUUUACAACAUCAUCCGCGAUGCUGGUCUGGAGCUUCCGAGGGGUAUGGAGGGGAUGGCCAACAUCCCCGACUUUUCGCGGUUGGAGACCGAGUGGAAGAUGGUGAUUGACAAGGACAAGGCGCAUGACCAAACCUUUGAGAAGCUCACCGGCUCCUCGUUCCGUGGCAAGGACGGAUCGAAGUCAAGUUCUCUCAAGAGGGCGAUGAGAAGAAAGGACUCAACCGACGUCGAUGACGAGUCGGAGGAGGAGCACGAGGAUGGAGAAGUCUUGGAGGCUGCCAAAGUGGCUCUUUCCAACGUCAGGGGUGAAAGGCGAUCCCUGAAAAAGAGGACAUCGAGGACACUGGGCGGAAAGGCCAAGCACGUCUCGGUAUCUCAAUUUGAAGAUGCCGGCGACGACAGCGUCCUGUUACACAUCGAGAACUCGUUGCAAGAGGCCGACUCUGUCUCCCCUGUCCCGCGCACCCAUGGCCAGCAGUCCUCACGAUCAGGUCGCCUACAAGAGGUCAUCACCGCUGGCACGCCCACACGUGCCAACUUUGACCCUGCAGCUCCACCCAUUGGCGAAAAGUCUGUCUGGCGAGGCCAGAAGAAGCCUUCCGCUUUCCCUCCUCGAUUCGUGGCCGAGCUACGUGCCAAGCAGAUCUCGCGAAGUUCUUCAGCUCCCGCUCAGCUCAACGAUCUCGAAUCUGACUAUGAUGAUUCCGACAACCGUGACUCUCAAUACACUGAGCGUAAUACUGCGUAUACCUCUGGCGUGUCUGAAGUGCUCAAGACGCCGGGAAGCAGAGAUAGUUUCAGGUUGCAAGUGCUGUCAAAAGCCAAGAGUCUGAAACAUGAUUUGGAUCUGGAAAAGGAUUUCUCACAGGAUGGCAAUGCGCUUUCCACGUAUGGCUGCUCCGCCGCCACCGCCUCCACCUCCCCCGCCCCCUUUGCCCCCUCCCGGUUUCUUGGGUCCAGCCGUCGCUCGAGCACCAACUUCUUCUAUGGCCCCGCCUCCACCUCCUCCCCCCCCCCGCCUCCUCCUCCCCCGCCCCCGCCUGGAGGCAUGCCUCGCAAGCCAGCAGCAGUGCCAGCCGGCGCGCCAGACAUGUCCAGCGUCUUUGCUGGUAUCAAGGGUGGUCACUCGCUCAAAAAGACCGCUGGCUCGACCGUUCCUCCUCCUCCGCCUCCUCCACCUCCUGCAGCUCCCUCGUCCAAUCCUGCGUCUCGUGCGCCGCUGGAGUCUGUGUCUUCUUUGCUUUACGGUGCAAACGACUCGCGUAAAGAUGUUAGCAUGAUUGCUAGUAAGCGAAUGAAGCAGCUACAGUGGGACAAGGUCAGCAAGGCGCAAUUGGAAAAGACGGUGUGGAAAAAGGCAGAGGAUGACAAGAUGGAGGAAGAAGUGGUCAACAUGAUGAAGGCGCAUAAUAUCUGGGAUGAGAUUGAGAACGAGUUCAAGGCAAAGGAAGUCAUGUAUGAUGCGAUCAAGAAGCGAAGGGAGCAAGAGAUUAUCAGUGUGUUGGCGCCUGAUCACAGAAAGCGUAUCGAAAUUCUCAUCUCGGGGCCAUUCGCCAAGACUUACAAAGACAAUCCCGAGGGUCUUGCCAAUGCCAUCUCCGAGUUUGACUCUGAGUUGUGCGUCGAGGCGUUCUUGAAUGAGCUACAGAGUGUACUUCCCAACGAUGAUGAUCGUGGUAAACUCCUCACGCAUUCGGCGGACGACCCUGAACAAUUCGCUAAAUUGCAUCCCGCCGAUAGGCUCAUGGUCCGUCUCAUCCAGCUUUCUCAUCUGAAUGAGCGUGUCAAAGGAAUGCUGUACCGGGUCCGAUUCCCCCAAAAUAUCGAUCUUCUUGAACAGAGUCUUGCCGUGCUUGAGGAUGCGUGCGAUGCCUUGAUGGAUGCCAAACAGUUCCAGGCUCUGCUUGCACUGAUCCUGACCAUGGGCAAUUACAUCAACGGUACUAAUUAUGCUGGCGGUGCUUUUGGUUUCAAGAUUGCCAGUAUCAAUAAACUGGUGGAUACCAAAUCCAGUGGUGGACAAAACUUGCUGCAUUUCUUGGAAAAGACGGUAUCCCAGCACUUUCAAAGUAUCGGCGAGUUUUUGAAGGAGCUCGAGAUUCCUGCUACUGCUGCUCGAGUCAACUAUGCGGAUCUGCAAUCUACAUCGAAAACCAUGCUCGACGACAUAUAUCGUAUUCGCGACGCCCUCGACAAGCAAUUCGACGGCGACACCUCGCAGUAUACACGCAAGAUGAACAUUUUCGUCACCGUUUCGUCUGAGCGGGUGCGAAAUGUCAGAGACGGCAUCAUUGCGGCAGACCGCAAGUUGAAAGAGGUGCAGACGUUCUAUGGAGAGUGUGAUGAUAUGGGGAGAGGGAUGCAGAGUCAAGAGUUCUUUGGGAUUUUCAGGACUUUUGUGUCUUCCUACAAGUUCUGCCAAGCUCAGAACCGGGCUCGAGCAGAAGAACAAGCUGCUCUCGAAGAUCGCGCUCGACGGAGACUUGAACGCAAACAGAUGGGCCUCACCCCGCAGCCUACCGGCAUGUCUACCACCUCGUCUACUGGCGACUUUGAAGAUACCAUUACGAAACUUCGCAAAAACGGCACUCCGCGUAUACCGCGCGAGAGGACGAAACGCGAGUUUGCCCCACCUCCAAGCCCGCUGUCUGAAUCUGUUGAUCUGGAAAAGAUGAUGCUGGCAGCUUCUGGCGGCGGAGCGGACGGCGGAGAUGGAGGCGGGUACGGGAUGGAACCCGAGUACGAGGCGUUGAUGGCGCAGAGACUCUUGUCUACGACAUUCAAAUCGCCUUUUGACUCUUCCGAGUGGAGCGCCGACGUCUUGAACGGCAUGGGCGAAGCCAAGGACCCGGAAGAAGCCGGUAACGACUCGUUGGAGGAUCCGGACGCAACUCAGGUGUACAAGCUGAGCGCCCCGCCGCAGUCGACGCUGUCAAUGUCUGACAGUUCCUUUGCGGAUGGUGUAGAGUAUGUCGAAUCGAGCACGCCUCGAGCGACUACUCCUACCUCACCCCUUCGAGAUGGCCCGUCGCCACAUACACCUAGCCCGAUGAUUGAAGGGCUUGCGGGGAUGGAGGCUCUGAUCUGGCCGUCGACGCCUUCGCCUACCCGUGAAACGUUCGUCAAUGGGGCAGACGCAGAUGAUGAAAAGCUGCAUGCGAGGACGGUACGAGGGGAUGAGCAGGAUUGAGGCGAGAAACAUGUUGUGCUAUAGAUUAUAGUUGUGUAAGGUCGUGGCUCAUUGUAUCAUAGCCCAACAUAGAAGAUAUACCUCUGCAUAUGAUACUACGUAAUAGCAUCUUGCCAUGCAACACAUGACUUGUGCCGAUCACGGGUGCCACGUUGAGUGAUCUGUGGCAGCAAGCGGCCGAUGCGAUCAUGCGAGGAACAGGGGUAAGCGCGUCAGCGUGACAAGACAAGGGGCUUGGCGUGGCACAAGACGAGCGUCGAGGGCGAGGGGGCUGCCUGUCAGCGCUGGGUGCCAGAGCAUGCUCCUUUGUUGGAUGACAG